UCAAAUUCAAUCUCUACUGUAUAUAUAUAUAUAUACAUACACUCGAUAUGAAGGAUGAUGAUGCAUUGUUACCAGUAUCAACCCCCACAUCGUCAUCAGUUGUAUCGUUCUCCGGCCUUUUCGGGCGCCGCCGCUACAAGUGCUGGGCACUCGCCGCCAUUUUGUUGCUGGCGUUCUGCUCAAUGCUCACCGCCACCGUCAGCCUCCGUCGUUCCGCGGGCGAUUUCAGCCGCCUCAACGACUCCCCCGCCGUCGAAUUCCUCGACGUCCUCGAUCUGGAGGAGAGGGAGAAAUUGGUGAAGCAAAUGUGGGAUGUGUACACCGGCAGCCACCGCACCGGAUUGGUAGGGUUUUGGCAGGACGCAUUCGUCGCUGCGUAUGAGGAUUUGAGCAGCGACGCGCCGCUAGUUAGGGAUAUCGCCAUUUCCGAGAUAGCUAUGAUGUCUGUUCGUUACUUGCCAUCUCUGAAUUCUCCCUUCUCCUUGGAGAUGCAAGAUUUGAAUCUGCAACAAGUGGUUACUGCACUAUAAUCAUCGGGGAAUCGAUGUACGUCUGCAAGCUGUUUACUUUUCCUGGUAUACAAUUAGUCUCAUGGAAAACUCACGUGCUAUCGAUCACGUAAUUAACAUGAUCAGUCUCUCGGGUUUUUUUUCUUCUCUUCAUAAUAUACAAACAGCUUUGUAAUAGGGUAAUCUCUAAUUCUUUACAUUCUUGUGGAAGGUUUUGUUUUUUCUUCUUUUCUCUAGCUGCGAUCCUUCUGUUAUAGUGCAAAGUGUUAACUGUACAUUUGUUGUUUUUUGGAAAUGCUGAAUUUAAUGACU